UCACACGUGGCAGCAGAUGUAUGGCUGUGAACUCCAGGCAAACAGGAGCAAAGGAGGGUUUAUGCAGUAUGGCUACGAAGGGAGGACCUUCCUCACCUUCGACAAGGAGACCCUCACCUGGGUGGCUCCUGACCCCCAGGCCCAGAUCUCCCAGAGGAAAUGGGAGGCUCUUCCAGCACACAAUCAGUUCCUAAAAUCCUACCUGGAGGAAAUCUGCAUUGACUGGAUAAGGAAGUACCUGUCCUAUGGGAAGGAGAUGCUGCUGAGGACAGAUCCCCCAGUGGUGACGGUGAGCAGCAGGACGGAGGUGGAGGAUGGCAUCUGCCGCCUGGAUGGCUUCUACCCCAGGGAGAUCGAUGCCUCCUGGACGAGGGACAGGGAGGUCUGGGAGGAGGAGACCUUCUGUCGGUCUGUGGCUCCCAACGCAGAUGGGACCUACCACUACUGGCUCAGCAUCCGGAUCAACCCCAAAGAGAGGGGCCGCUAUUGGUGCCACGUGGAGCACGAUGGGCUGCAGGAGCCUCUGGACGUGGCCAUAAAAGGUGAAAGGCUGCAGGGAGGGGAAGGCUGGGAUCUUUGGCAGGCUGGAAGAUUGUGGGGGAAGAAAGCUGACCCCAGAUGUGUCCAGAUGUGAGCAUACCUGACCUUU